AUGAGGAGCUCAAGACAUGAGCUAUUGCCGCAAAAGGCAGAAGAUUUUCGGAAGCAAGAAUACUGGGACAAGUUCUUUCAACAACGCGAUGAAAAGGCAUUUGAAUGGUAUGGUGACUAUGCGUUGCUGCGUCCUGGACUGCAGGUACUACUGGGUCUGCCAGCUGACGCACCUGCGUCACUGCUUUGUCGGUUAAAGGCCAAAGUCCGCGUGUUGGUUGUAGGUUGCGGCAAUUCGGCGCUAAGUGGGGACUUGGUAGCUGACGGGUUUGUAAAUCUACUGAGUGUGGACUUUAGUGCGCGUGUGAUUGAUGAAAUGCAGCGUAAACAUCCAGCAAUGCAAUGGCAAGUGAUGGAUAUGACGGACAUGCGGACACUAGAGGACGGCAGCUUUGAUCUUGUGAUGGAUAAAGGGGCAUUGGAUGCGUUAAUGGCAGAAGAUACUAAAGAGAUCAAGGAGGACGCUUCUAGGAUGUUAAAUGAGGUGGAACGUGUGCUGGCUCCCGGUGGACGUUACUGCUGUGUCACUAUGGCCCAAGACUUUAUUUUACAGCAUCUUCUUGGCUUCUUCCUCACUGCAAAGGACAAUACGACAACGUCAUGGAGUGUUGGUGUACAGGAGCUUCCACGAGAAGCACGCAAACCCUUUGCCCCGUUCCUUGUGGCAGCGAUAAAGUGUCGGAAUACAAACAACAAGGUGCAGUAUAACACCAAAGAGUUUGUCAGUGAUGUGCACGAAGCAAGACAAAGGUGGCUGAUACACGAAGUGGAAGCUACGCAGUGGUUUGCUAUGACGCAAGCGGCAUUGCGCCAACUGAAGGUUGGUCGACAGGAAGUCAUUGAGCUCAUUGCCAAUGACGAGAAGGACAUGCAAGUGGGUGAGCAUGGGAGCGUGGAAGGCCAGAUGAACCCCAGAUUUACGCUGCGACUGGUAGACGUUCACAUACGCGGACCCAAUGGAAGCUGUGCCGUGUUCCUCAUCCCGCAGGGUCGUGAGCACGAGUGGAUGUUCUCGACUGAAGAGGGAGCAAACGAACUUGCAACGGGGGCUGGAUUCAGCCGUCUGAUACUUGUUGCGCUUGGUCGUGGCGGGCACGCUUUCGAGAGCACUGCAAAGGUGCAGGAAGAGCUGAACGCCAAGGUCAUGGAGCUGGCCCCCGACACGCUUGGCACUGAUGAGAAGAUUCCUUACUUGACAGUGCAGGAAGGUCUCGGUGCGCGUAAUAUUGUGCACCAGGGCACGUCGCCGCUCAGCGGUGCAUUCUUCGUGGAGGAGGUGCAGGAGGACGGCGACCUGCUUCGCCGCUUGGUGUUUCUUAGCAACACAAAUGUCAUUCAAAGUGAGGUGAAGCUGCAGAGGUGCGAAAGCACUGCCCCCACUCCUCCUGCUACUUCUGUUCCAGUUCAGACUCCUUUAAACAGCGAAGCUUACGACAUGACUCCCGAAGAAGCCGCAACUGCUGCUAAGAAGAAGAAAAACAACAAGAAGAAGAACCAGAAGAAGAAGAAAAAGGCUCAGGCGAAACAAGCGGGCAUUGACACGUCAUACCUGGCCUUCGAUUAUCAUAAAGGCAUGGUUGCGGCGCUUCAUGCGGUGUCAUUAUCAUCAAGAACGGUACCCAACGCGCUGCACCGCACGCUAGUACUUGGCCUUGGCGGUGGCUGUCUGGCGCAAUACCUGCACGAUAACGUACCAGGCAUGGAUGUAACAGCGUGCGAGCUGGAUCCGACAAUUGUGACAGUCGCCGAGCAGUAUUUCGGCUUUUGCCAGGAUCAACGGAUGCGUGUGGUGGUCGCCGAUGCACUUAAGUAUGUGGCAGAUCAAUCUACAGCGGCUGAGAAACCUUGCUUUGACUCCAUUAUCGUGGAUGUCGACGCAAAGCAACGAGAUGUGGGUAUGAGUUGCCCACCUGUUAGCUUCGUUGACGUCGUAUUCCUGACACAUGUGCACACCCUGCUUGCUCCUCAUGGCGUGCUGCUUAUUAACGUUUCCUGCCGCGACAGCGGACUUUACAAAGAUAUCAUAGCGCGGCUCCAGCGUGUGUUCACGGGCUCCCGUGCAGUAUUAACGCUGAAGCCGAGCGACCAAGACGUCAACAGUGUCGUGUUCAUCCGCAAGGCAGACGCAAAGGAGCCCGACGCCCAGAUGUUGUUGCAGCAGCUACAUGACCAGGGUUGCCGGCGCGGCAAGACCGAGAAUGCUCCUCGUUACGUUGACAACGAGCUGUGCGAGCUCAUUCGCGACAUUAAGAUAUCCAAGUAG